AUGAUGAAUUCAAGAGACUAUCCAGAAGGAGAUCGUUCCUCUCAGGAUCCGCCAGCUAGAAGAAUGGAAGAGGGUAGAGCCAAUAAUGGUAAUGCAUUGAACCAUCAUCAACCGGAAUUCGGAUUCGAAGUCGUCCACCACCCGCAAGAUGGCUUGAUCCUGGAUGAUGACGACGAUGACAAUGAUCUUGUCAAGAAAGGCGAGCCAUUGUGUUGUCCUGCUUUGUAUACGAAUUGUACUCCAUGCCGAACCCGUGUCAACAUUGUGGCUUUGGUGCUGCUAGUCUUUUUCUCAGCUGGAGCCACGCUGGGUGGCUUUACUCGACCUCCUCCCGAUGCUCUGCUUUCGCCCAACAGCAGAUCGGAUGGAACCAUCGCUCCUUCCGGGGGAAUGGACGACGAUUAUUUGGGUAGUGUGGAUUACCCAAACAAUUCAGGGGGAGAUGAGACUCCACCAGUCAAUAUUGGGGACGAUUCCGACAAUGGCAAUGGAAAUGAUGGAAACAACAAUGGAGGGGGAAAUUCAAAUCCAUUGCCGGAUGUUGGAGACGAUAAUGUCGAUUAUGAAGUCGAUUCCCCCUAUGUUGUUGGGACAUACUAUUACCCAUGGCAUGGUUCUAAUUUCCACAACCGAGAAGGUUACCUACGUCAAAAGUUGCUUCCACCACAUAUGCCUGCUUUGGGCGAGUACGACGACUCCCGUCCAGAAGUCAUUGCGCAGCACCUCAAAUGGAGUCGCCAAGCCAACAUUGGUCUAUGGGUAACCUCCUGGUGGGGCCCACAUUUGCUGGAAGAUUCCAAUACCCGGAAUGUUAUUUUGAACCAUCCCGAGUUGGGCGACAUGAAGAUUGCCUUGCACUAUGAAACAGCAGGACGCAUCAUUGAUCGUGAUCUUUCUAACAUUGGACCCGACAUUGAAUACAUUUGUGGGGCCUACUUUUCGCAUCCCAACUAUUAUAGUAUCAAUGGCCGACCGGUCAUUGUAAUCUACAUUACUCGUUGGUUGGAGUUUGAAGGAAUGUUGGGAGACGUCUUGAGAAUUAUUCGCGAGACGGCCCAAAGGUUUGGACACAAUCCAUACAUCAUUGGAGACCACGUCUUUGGACAAGCACCCGAUCUUCAAGAUACCUACGAUAGUUUCAAGCUAUUGGAUGCCGUCACCAACUAUGAUGUCUAUGGUAGCAUGGGACGACCCAUGCGCUACGCAGGCAAGGAGCCGAUCGAUGACUACUACGAAGAGCAAGAAGUGUGGAAAAGAAAGGCCCUUGAAAAUGGUUGUCGCUUCAUUCCUGCCGCCUCCCCUGGAUACAACGAUAGGGGCGUUCGGCUUCAAAAUGACCACCCUCCUCUUUCAAGGAAACUCACUGUGGACUCGGAAGAGGGAAGCUCGUUCAAGUACCAACUCAGCAAGGCACUACCAUUGGUGGAUCCAAUGGCCAACAACAUGAUCUUGAUCAACUCUUUCAAUGAGUGGCACGAGGACACUCAACUCGAACCUGUGGUUGGAACUGGUGCCAACUUGCCGGUUCUCCUCACAGGAGGACUCGAAUACGAAGGUUAUGGAGAACUUUAUCUCAACAUUCUUCGUGACUAUACCUCGUCGCUCGAUGGGAAUGUUUUCCGAUCGAGUGGCGAUGGGUUCUAA